AUGCAGUCCAACAUCCUCCUCCUCUCCACCUUUGUCGCUUCCGUCUCGGCGACGGUGAAUGUCUACGCUGCCCUCGAGGCCCGGAACGGCGUCCGCGCCGACCUUGUCCCGCGCCAAACUCUUGACGCCAAGUGCCAGUCCAUUCUCGUCUCCAUCGGAAAAAGCGUGCCCACGGCCCCCCCGAAGCUCGCCUCCGAGCUCAUCGCCCACCCGCAGACCGACCCUUGCCACUUUACGCCUCCCGCCGGCCUCGACUCCGAGUUCUCCAGCUACUCCAGCGAGCUCGUCUCCUGGGCCGAAAAGAACAAGGACAUCCUCAACGAGUGUGCCGAGCUGUCCCGUUUCCAGGACAUCACCGCCGACUGCAGCGGCGCCGUCGCUAGCAAGACCAGCGCCACGACGACGGCCACUACCUCGUCCACCAAUACCGCUUCCACGAGCUCGACCACCACCAACACCGAAACCACCACCUCGAGCUCGACGACGAGCACCAACACGGGCUCGACGACGAGCAGCACCACUGGCACGAGCACCGGCACCACCACCACCACCACCAGCAGAACCACGACGACGUCAAGCUCCGCCAUCCAGGCCGGUGCUGCCCGCGAGACCGCCAUGGCCCUCGCUGCCAUGGCCGCCGCCGGUCUCGCCAUGGCCUUGUAG